AUUUUCAGCAAACUUUUUGUAACAAUGGAAGUACUAGGCCUUGGGUUAUUUGAAUUUGCUAUUGCAGUUUUAAGCUUUUACUGCAUCAGAAAGCUUCGCCACGACGAUGGUCUCCCAUGGAACUGGUCCUUAGUCGGAAUGAUCCCAUGGCUCAUAAAUACCUCUAUUCGUCAGGAUCGUCAUGACAUAGGUGCAGCAGAUCUUGCUCGAGCAGGCGGCACUUUUCUGCUCAAAGGGCCUUGGUUUGCUAACGCCGACAUGUUGUUCACAGCUGAUCCUGCCAAUGUGCGCUAUAUUCUCAACCAAAAGUAUGAAAAUUUUCAGAAAGGGUCCGAAUUCAAGGUCAUUUUCGAUGUUCUAGGAGAUGGGAUUUUCAAUGCUGAGGACCAUCUGUGGAGGAAACAGAGGAGACAUGCUCAAGUCCUUUUUAAUCAUCAUCAGUUCCGCCGAUUCUUGAUGAGAACAAGCCAGGAGAAGAUCGAAAAUGGUCUGUUAAAGAUUAUAGAUCAUGUCUCCAAGAAGGGCCUAGUUGUGGACAUGCAAGAUGUGUUCCAGAGACUCAGUUUUGAUACUACUUGCAUGUUUGUCACGGGCUAUGAUCCGAUGAGCCUCUCCGUUGAAUUCCCAGAUGUUCCGUUUUCUAAAGCGUUGGAUGAUGUUGAAGAAGUGAUAUUCACUCGGCAUGUCAUUCCUCAGUACUUAUGGAAGUUGCUGAGAUGGAUGAAUAUAGGAUGUGAGCGGAAAAUGAAGGAGGCUCAUAAGGCUCUGGACCGAAUCAUGUACACUUAUAUAUCGAGAAAACGAAUUGAGCUAAGAAGCAGGGAAGUCAAAUGCCGUGAGAAAAAAGAUGAAGAAGGGGUUGAUCUUCUAACAUUGUAUUUAACAGAGGAGGAUAAGUCACUGGAGUUAAAAAAUGACGACAAGUUUGCAAGAGAUAUCAUACUAAAUCACAUGCUUGCGGGGAGGGACACGACUAGCUCAGCUCUCACUUGGUUUCUUUGGCUUGUCAUAACACACCCGGAAGUAGAAGCAAAGAUCCGAGAUGAACUAAAAGCAAUCCUGCCGCAUGAAGAAGCCCAAACAAGGCGUCUUUUCAGCGAGGCAGAGCUGAGUGGCCUGUCUUAUUUGCACGCUGCAAUUUCCGAGGCUUUGAGGUUGUACCCUCCAGUUCCAUUCCAGCACAAGGAAGCCACUAAGGCCGACAUUCUCCCCACAGGCCACCAGGUCCAUCCAGAAUUGAGAGUGAUGAUACCCCUGUAUUCGAUGGCAAGGAUGGCGCAUGUGUGGGGAAAAGACUGCUGGGAGUUCAAACCGGAGAGAUGGAUUUGUGAUGAUGGAAGAACAAAACAUGUACCUCCUUAUAAGUUUGUGUCAUUUAAUGCAGGGCCUAGGACCUGCCUGGGGAAAAAUAUGGCCUAUUCGCAAAUGAAACUGGCUGCGGCUGCAUUAAUCCAUAAUUACAGUUUCCGGUUGGUGGAAGGACAUGUAGUGACUCCCACUCUCUCCAUGAUCUUGUAUAUGAAACAUGGCUUGAAGGUCACUGUUCAGAACAGAUGGUCCUAAGUUUUUCAAUUAAAACCCAAGUGUCACUAAUAGUUCUGCCUCAAGGAUUGAUUAUAAGCUAUAUCUAUAAUAAAAGUUCGAAAGAAGCCCUUGGCAUAUGUGUACUAAGCAAAUUUGAG